GUCUUCUCCCGCACCGCGCACCUCCCCCUGCGAAGAACUGCUCCAUCCGCACGCGCAGCUCCAUAGGCGACCCGCACUCCUCUUUCGUCCUGGGUCUCCUCCAACGUCGCGAUCCUUUUUCGUCUAAGGCAAUUUCAAGACCGGGGAACCGCAGUUGAGUGAAUUGGUAUAUGAAUUGAGAAAAGCUCCGCAACCCAAGUAUGGAUAAGAAGAAGAAGCUGAAGCACACGGUGAACAAAGUAAAAGAGCAAUCGAGCAUGGAGAGGAAGAAUCAGAAUGACAAGAGUAAGAGCAUUCACGACAUCCUCCCUCUUGACCUGAUUCACAUAAUCCUUCUGCGGGUGUCGAUCAGACAUCUCGCUCGCCUCAACAAUGCAUGCCUCUCCAUGGAAAACGACACUAUGGCUGACUUGGCUUACUUAGAUGACAACAAUGCAUCACAAAAAGAGGUGUGUCCCCCUUUCCAAAAUAAAGCACGUUCUGGUUUUGUGGUCUUGGGAUCUUGCAGAGGCUUUAUUCUCUUGCAUCGAGACCCACAUUUCCUUGUGGUAUGGAACCCACUCACUGGAUCCAGCAAAAGAAUAUCCUACUCUCAUAUUGUUCAUCGUAGUAAGCCCCCUCUCUAUGGCAGGAUUGCCUACCGUUCGUAUCUGCAUGGAUUUGGUUAUGAUGCAUCACAGGAUGAUUACUUACUUCUUGUAGCUUGGAGCGAUUGCAAAGGACAUUAUCAUUUGGAUUGCUUUUCCCUGAGAACCAAUUCAUGGAUUAAUCUUGAUGCUGCUUUCCCCAAACUCUUGGGUUUUCGUUACUGGCAUUCUGGUGGGUUGUUCUUUAAUGGUGCUGUUCAUUGGGUGCCUUUCGAUCUUGAAGAUUACAGGGAUGCUAUUGUUAUCUUUGAUCUCAAGGAAAAGACUUUUUCAACUAUAUCUGCGCCGGAACAACUGUCAGGCUCCUCUCCAAGUGUUGCCCUACUCGGAGGCUGCCUAGCCUUGUCUUCUCCCAAUGAUGAUUGCCGUAACACUGACAUAUGGGUGAUGAAAGAAUAUAAAGUGCACUCAUCUUGGACUCUCUAUCAGAUUCCUUGCGAGGACUUCAAGCCUCUGUGCUUAUCUAGUAAUAGGGAUACUAUUGGAAGAGGUUAUACUUCCUGUGGUAAAACAGGGUACUUCAUAUAUAAUGUCAGAGGAGACCUGCUCAAGCAUUUUAAAGAUCUGUGUUGUCAGCUUCCCAGACGUGAACCCAUUAUUGUGUAUACAGAGAGUCUCUUGCCACUCCCUGGUGACAUUAAGGAUAAGGAUAACAAGAAGAAGAUGAAGAAGGAAAUCCAUAUGCCAUCAAGUUCACCAUGAAUAAUUUGAACAACCUGGUGUUGCUAAAGGUUAGCAUCAGACAAAGAAAGAGAAUUAGGAGCCAACAUACAAGUGAACAGCUUGACACAUGGGGAAGAAGAACAUUUGAAAAGUGCAAAUGAAGUUUAGUUGGUUAUGCAAAACUUUAGAUGUUUUAUUUCUUAGUUGGUUAUGUAAAACUUUAGAUGCUUUAUUUUGCAGAUUGCAUAAUGUACUUUUCUUUUAUCAUGUCAAAACCUUAUGAAUCCAAUCCUAGAAGUUUUAAUUGUA